AUGGAGCGGAGCGGCAGCACCGGGAACGGCACCGGGAACGGCGCCGGGAACGGCGCCGGGAACGGCACCGGGAACGGCACCGGGAGCGGGCGGGCAGCGCCGCCUGGCGGCCACGGCCGAGCAUUGCUGUGGCUGGCGCUGCUGCUGCUGCCCCCGGCCCGGGCACUGCCCAGCGCUGUCCGGACACUGCCCAGCCCUGUCCGGACACUGCCCACUCCUGUCCGGACACUGCCCACCCCUGUCCGGACACUGCCCAGCCCCGUCCGGACACUGCGCUCCCGGGAGCUGCUGGAGGCCGCCAACGCCUCCCCGCAGCGGCUGAAGGAAUCCAACAGCCUGGGGUUCGAAUGCACCCUCGAGGAGGUGGAUCUGCAGGACAUCACUGAGAACCAGACCAACACCCUCAGGGCCUGCACAGCUGAGCAUCCCGGGCCUGGAAAUUGCCCAGCCCUGGAAAAAUCAACUUUUGAUGAGGGGAAAUGCCUGCAGGGCAUCUCUGAGGAUGUGAGAGCCUACAGGGCAGGGCUGAGGAGCCUGCCCGACCCCCAGCUGCUGGCAGCUCUGGAUGGGAUGAUGGAGGCCCUGGGCAGCAGCGCCGGGCAGGAUCCGGAGGCGCCGCUGGGAUCGGGACCAUCAGGACCAUCGGGAUUGGGAUCAUUGGGAUCAUCAGGAUUGGGAUCAUCGGGAUCGGGACAAUUGGGACCAUCGGGAUCGGGACCAUCAGGAUCAUCGGGAUCGGGACCAUCGGGAUUGGGAUCAUUGGGAUCAUCGGGAUUGGGAUCAUUGCGAUUGGGAUCAUCGGGAUUGGGACCAUCAGGAUCGGGACCAUCGAGACCAUCGGGAUCAGGACCAUCGGGAUCAUCGGGAUUGGGAUCAUCGGGAUCGGGACCAUCGGGACCAUCGGGAUUGGGAUCAUCGGGAUCGGGACCAUUGGGAUCAUCGGGAUUGGGACCAUCGGGACCAUCGGGACCAUCGGGAUCAUUGGGAUCGGCGCCAUUCCCGGAGCGGCUGCGGCUCUGCGGGGUCCUGCACGCUCUGCGCAUCCGCAGCGUCACCAUCUGCAGGAUGCUGAGCUUCCUCAGCUCCCCCUGA